AUGCUCCGCCAAUCGGAUGGUACUCGAAUGCUCCAGGAAAUGCGAAGAAAGUUGAUUCAGUUGCACACUUCUCAGAUGACCAACGAAACAGAAGAAACGUGUCAUCGAUUUAUAGACAAACAUCCGGAUCUGACCAACGAGCCAAGUGUCCUCGUCAGCUUCUCCAUUAUGUACCUUCAUAUUUUCCUUCUAGGCAUUCUUGGAAAUUCGGCGGUUUUGUACCUCACCAUGAAACACCGUCAGUUGCAAACCGUCCAAAACAUAUUUAUUCUGAAUCUAUGCGCUUCAAAUGUGUUGAUGUGUCUGACAAGUCUUCCAAUCACAUUUAUCACCAACGUCUACAAACAAUGGUUCUUUUCGUCGCCAGUUUGUAAACUGAUUCCGUUGGUUCAGGGAGCCUCAAUCUUCGUCUCCACAUUUUCGCUCUCCGCCAUCGCACUGGACCGCUACAACCUCGUCGUCCGUCCCCAUAAACAAAAACUAAGUUCCCGAAGUGCAAUGAUGAUUGCUCUCCUAAUCUGGGUGAUCAGUGUAGUCGUAUGUAUGCCGUAUGGUUGGUAUAUGGACGUCGAGAAGAUCUCCGGACUCUGCGGAGAAUACUGUUCGGAGCAUUGGCCGUUGGCUGAAGUUAGGAAGGGAUACACGUUUCUAGUUCUGAUAACCCAGUUUUUGUUCCCAUUCGCUACAAUGGCUUUCUGCUAUUAUAACAUCUUUUCGAGAUUGAGACAGAGAGUUGAAACCAAACUGAAGAAGCUUUCCGAGAGAUCUCAGCUCUUGGAAAAUAGCACAACCUGUGGAACUACUAACCAUAUCGUUAGUAUCAAUGCGGUGAGUUCAACUAUUGAUUCUAUGUCUAACGGCCAAAGAGUCACAUUAAUAAUCAAGGUAAUGAUUUCCAUGCGGGUAGCGAUAUACCCGCCCGCACCCGCAGCUACCCGUACCCGCCCGUACCCAUGCCGAACAGUGGUGCGCCAAGCCAGUCUUCAUUCCUGUGAUCAUCCAACAAACCCCCCCCCCCCCCCCAAAAUCUCAUGCAUAUCAUUUCUAAAAUAA